AUGGUAAUUCGGUGGCUGGUCACGCGAUGCUCGCCACUCAAACAAUGGCCGUCUGGUAAUGGCUCGUUCCUCGGAACCAGAUUCUCUGUGCCUCUCUCCCUCCCGCCCGCUCCCUCGCCUCUUUCGGAGGAGGAGGUCAUGAGGGCUUAGACCACAUGAUGUGUUGGGCAAAGCGGCACUCUGCGUCUCUUGGUCCCCGCCCUUCUCGCGAGUCCCCGCCCAUCGCCCGCCCGUUCUGUGUGCUUCUUCUCAUUCACGUCCUUUCUCGGGUGUAGUAGUCGCCUUCUACUUUGCCUCUUUGGCACGGGAACAUGUGAUCUUUCUUUCGAUCUUGUUCCUUUCAAUAAGUUGUUCGCUUCUCUCUCCCUCUCGGAAAAACAACAAUGUCCGUUGUCUACCUGUUUCCAUUCUCACUUCUCGUUUCUUGCCUUUCUUCAUCAUACCUUUUCAUUUUCAGACCCACAAUCCCUAGUCAAGAUGCUUCGCUUCUUCCUCAACUUCGUCGCUUCUGGCAACAAUCAACAACUUCAACGAGAAGAGGAACAAGCUGCUCCGGUUGCUCCGGCUGCUCAACCUAAUGAGGCCGCAAACGCUAAUCUGGUCGAAGAAGAAGGCGAAUGGAUGAACGUGAAUUUCGUCGCUGCGCAACGCGAGAACGACGAUAUGGUGCUCGUCGAGAACCCGGAAAUCCUGCCGCUCGACAACGACAAUGAGAACAUGGAUCCCGAGAGAGCUGCUGCGAUCCGGAGGGUAAACGACUCGGCGGGGAAGAAGAAGACGCCAAAGAAGGCCGCAAAUGCGAAAGUCUCCUACAUGAAGCACCUCGAAACUGUGGUCAGUUGAAUCAAUUUCUCGUUUCCCAAUUGAAUUGCGAAUCUUUUCAGAUGUUCGCCAACCCGGCUACCGGAAUUGACAGCCGUCUGGAGAGAACCCGGAAGCAAGAUCGUCUGGCGAAGGUCGAGAAGACGAACCAUCAUGCGAGCACCAAAGCGGACACGCAACGCGCCAAGAUGUCGUCGGGACGAAGCAACGAUCGCAAAGUUCACAUCGCCUUCGACAUCAAGCAGAUCGGUGACAACUAG